GACGAUAAUGAAGAUUUUUCGCAAGAAUUGGAAGAAUCAACUGUAAGCGACAACGAAGCCUGUUCACCAACCACCGAUAAUCUGCCAAGUGAAGUGACCGAAGCGACCAAAGUAACUGAAGCGACCGAAGCGACCGAAGCAACCAAA